CCAAGACCAGGACCAAGACCAAGACCAAGACCAAGACCAGAGACCAGGACCAAGACCAGGACCAAGACCAGGACCAAGACCAAGACCAGACCA